AUGUAUAAAGCCCUCUUGAAAUCAGGCCAAACCAUGUCGUCGCCUUCUUUGCUUCUCAGCCUCUCUUCCAAGCCCUCUCUCCGCAAACUUGCCCUGUUCUUCUCCUCAUCUCUACUUUACACACUUCCACAGAGAUGCCAACCCCUUCGGACGUUCUCCUCCACCUCCACCUCCACCACCACCAACCCUAACUUGUUGUAUCGUGUCACCCGUUGUGGUGAUGAAGACUCCCCAGGUGGAAUGACACAGCUCCACAUGUUUGACCCGGUCAAAGAAGAACACAUCAUCGUCGGUGAUAAGCCAUUUCCCCAAGAGUUGGUUUGUUCUGCGCUGGUGGGAAGUUCCCAUGGAUGGGGAGUUUAUCUAAGGGGCGAUCGUUCUAUACUAAUCAGUGACUUCUGCAACCCCUUGAAAUUUAAAUCAAAACCCAAGUUCAUCCCUCAGCUUCCUAGGCCUGAUCUAGUUAGUUGUCAAUCUGACCUUGUAACUGGCGUGGCAAUGUCCUCUUCUCCCGUUGAAGAGGAACAAGACUACCUUGUGGCUGUCAAGUAUGCGGGACGUCUGGUGAGUGUAUAUAAGCCGAGUGACACUAAGGCGAUCCAUCUCACUUUGCCUUAUAGUAUGUCCAAAGCAGCAAGUCAUUAA